AUUCGAAAAGUGUUGGCAGCAAACUCUGAUCAACAAGUGCAGGAACAAACGUACAAAAGUGCAGAAAGUUGAGCAAAAGUUUCACCCAAAAGAGUUCACAAAGUUUUACAAAAUAUCCCAAAUUAAAAGAGACAUUCAAAAAUUACAAAUUCUAAACGGUUUUAAGUGCAUAUUUUUGGAAGUAAAUUGCUUGAAAAUGUGGUACAUGAAGUGCAGUUGGACUUUGUUGGUUUUUAUGGCACUCUUUGCCCUGGUGACAGGUUCAUGCCUGGAAUACGGACACUCCUGUUGGGGUGCUCACGGCAAGCGUUCCGGUGGCAAGGCCGCAAUUGUUGCAGCCAAGACUGUCGGCAAUCCUGUGGAAACUCUGGCUGAGCAGCUCUAUAACAACAACAAUCCCGAAGACACCGAUGACGACACCAACAACAGCAACAGCAUCAGCCUGAACAACAACAUGCCGCCGAGAGCCACUGCACAAAGUGGCGACCCCGAGGAACGGAAUAGGAAUCAUCGCAACCAUGAGGCCAACGAUCUGAAGUGGACGCAACUGAUGAGGCAACAGCAUCGCUAUCAACAGUCACGACUGGCGGGCAGAGGCGGCGGACAGUACGAUGCCGCCGCCGAGAGUUGGCGCAAAUUGCAGCAGGCACUCAUAAUGGCACAGGCACAGGCCCAAGCGCAGGUCGAGGCUGAGGGUGAGGCCGAGCAGCAACAGCAACAGACUCUCAGCGAUCUCUAUGAACUCAAGAAGUGAACAAUGCCCCACCCAGGCGUAUACUUAAUUUAAUUGCCAAAACUAUGCGGAAAAGCGACUAAAAACCAAACGAAGAAUGAAAAGAUAUUUACUGCACCACCAGCAAUUGCAUGUUGGGCAUCAAUUAAGAAUAAAUU